AUGAAUUCUGCCGAUGAGUCAUCAUGUAUGCUAUGCGAUGCCCCCAAUAGUGCAUGUGAUAUGGUACAGUGUGAUUCUUGCCAUCAGUGGGCGCAUUUUUUCUGCGUCGGGGUAACGAAGGCAAUUGAAGAUCGUGACUGGAACUGUAAAAAAUGCACUAAAGAGUUGCUGGUUCCGAAAACGAACAAACAGUCGAAAAGGACUGGAAGCCAGAAAUCCAAAAGUUAUGGAGGGUCUGAGCACGAAUUGAGUACGUCUUUCGCCACUUCAUUACGAAAAUUGGAAGAAGAGCAACGAAUUAAGGAAAAAGAAAUGGCAGAGGAAAUGAUUCUUCAAGAAAGAAGGUUAGAAAUGGAGAGAAUAUUAAAGGAGAAAAAAAGACAGAUGGAGACCAAACUUCCCGAAAAGCGAUUGUCACAAGAAAGAGAAUCGAAAAAGCAGCAAUUGGAGGAAGAGCGGCAAAUGUUAGAAAGACAGUUGGAAGAAGAAAAAACGUUUUUGGAGGAAAGGAAGAAUAUGCAGCAGGAAUUUCAAGCAGCGAAACAGAUGAUUGCAGAGAAGUACGUUAGGCAAGGCAUUACAUUAAAUAAAGAUAGACAUGAAGAAAGGGAUAUGUUUUUUGGCGAAAAGAUUGAUUUUUGGAUGCAAAAGCAAGGAGAAAAUUCAAGACACGAACCCAAGAAAGGUGUAGAGGAGCAAAAUUGUAUUGAUGAAAUUGAGGCAGAAGACAGCGAUCAGAAUUCUGAGGGAAGUUCUGUGGUGAGUUACCAUGAUGAUGUUCCGGAAAAGUACAGUACAGAGGAAACGCGAAACCGAAAUAGAAUUCGACAGCCUACGAAAUUAUCUGCAGAACAUAUAGCAGCUCGCCAGGCGAUCUCGAAGCACUUACCCGUGUUCAAAGGCGAACCGGAGGUGUGGCCAAUAUUUAUCAGUAGUUUCGAAUUUACAACAGAAGCCUGUGGUUUUUCAAACUUAGACAACCUCAAACGACUACAAGAUAGUCUGCAAGGGAAUGCUCUAGAGGCGGUGCGUAGUAGAUUGGUACUUCCAAGUUCAGUCCCGGACGUCAUAGAAGACCUUCGCCGAUUAUUUGGAAACCGGAAAAGCUGCUGA